AUAUCUUGCAACAGGAGCGUCCUUUAGACACUUGGCAUUUUCCUUUCGAAUGGGCAGGAGUACUGUUGCGAGCAUUAUAAAACAUAUGAUUAAAAUAUUAUGGAACAUGCUGCAACCACUUCACAUGCCAGAACCUACUACGGCAACAUUUUUAAAUGUAAGUGCAGACUUCAUGAAAGUAUGGAACUUCCCCAAUUGCAUCGGAGCUGUUGACGGCAAACACGUCAAAGUUAUAGCACCACAACAUUCCGGAUCCAUGUACUUCAAUUAUAAGCAUUAUUUUUCUAUCGUCCUACAAGGAGUUUGCGACGCAAAUUACAAAUUGCUUGUGAUAGAUGUCGGAGGUUACGGCAAACAGAGCGAUGGGGGAACGUUUCAGAGUUCCAAUUUGUACAAACGGAUACACCAAAACAAACUAAAUGUGCCAAAUCCAGAUAGUUUACCAGGAACAAAUGUCCGCGCUCCCUACGUAUUUAUUGCAGAUGAAGCGUAUCCACUAAUGCCCAAUUUGCUAAAACCAUACAAUCGAAGGAACCGCUCUUUGGAACAUAUAAAUUUUAACCAAAGAUUGUCCAGAGCACGCAAAACUAUCGAGUGCACCUUUGGAAUUAUGUACGCGAAGUGGCGUCUUCUGUCCAAAGCUAUAGAGACUACUGAAAAGACUGCGGAUGAUAUCAUUAAGGCGAUAUGCAUUUUGCAUAAUACAAUACUGGACCGAGAGGGAUUUCAACGACAUUUAACAUUAGUAACUGAUGCAGUUCCUAGAGAUCAGAUGUUUGAAUUACCUAGAGGAAGGCAACUGGGUGAAGUGUGGGAUAAAGCUGCGACACCUGCUAAUGUCAAAGCUGGAUUUGAAGCGACCGGAAUUUUCCCAUUCAAUCCAGAUAGGAUUCCAGAAGAAGUAUACGCUCCCAGCAUACCUACUCAUAAUUUCGCAGAACCUGGAGCUUCACCUUCUGAAAAUCAAGAAAAUGGAGAUACUAACGACAGCGACGCUACAAAUCUGUUAAUUCCUCCUCAGGAAAAUGAAGAUACUAAUGAAAGCGACGUUACUGAUGCCAGUGGAAAUUCUCCUUAUCCUCUCCCAAAUGAAGACAAAGGUAAUUCAAAUCCAUUAAAUGAUUCCUCAGAUUCACAGCCAAGCCAAGCAAAGCGUUGUGCUGCAACUCCAGACAACGCCUCUGAUGAUCAUCCACAGCACCCAAAUCAAGAAGAUAUAUCGAACUUUAUAGAACCCCUGCCAAGUGUUUAUGACGAUUACGACAGUAGCGAUCACAUUCCUUUGUCCAAACUAAAGCAACAUAACAAUAAUAUCGAGUCAAAAACUGAAUUAAAUGUAGUCUGCUCCACAACACUUAAUGAGUCAUAUACAUCUUUGUGUCAAAUGUUAAAAACUCCAGAGAAAACGUCAAGCCCAAAAACUGCUCCGAGGGCAAAAGCUAUCAAUAGUCUCGCACAGGCGCUAACAAAAUCAAUGUUUACAGAUAAAAAUAACAUGUCAGGGCCAUCAAAUGCUCCUAAACAAAAAAUAGAAAAUAUACCAGGCCCAUUUAAAGUGGCUUACCAAAAAAGAAAAUAUUCUGCUAAAAGGAACAACAGUGAAGCAGUAACUUCGAAGAAGGUUUCUAAACAGUCACGUGGUGAAGGACAAUCUGAAAAAUCUAAAGAUUCAUGGUACUGUUAUGUUUGCAAUGAGGACAGAAUAGCAGACAUGAGAAUAUGCUUUUUAUGUGAAACAUAUGUCCAUGAGGACUGUGUUGGAUUAACAAAAGAAGAUACAGAUAAAUUUAGCGAGAAAGUAGAAGAAACGCUCGAUGAAGUUGAUGAAGAGUCUAACAGUUUAAUAUUAUAG